UUUUUGUCGUUAAUGGAGAGAAUAUCGCAGAUUGUUGUCUUUUUCUCUUCAUCGUCUUUCUCCUCUUCUUCAACACCAAUUCCUCAGAUUCUCUCCUCUUUUGGGCUUGUAAUAUCGUAAUUACUGCUUCUUCUGGAAACAAAAAGGAUUCUGGUGUCGAAGGGUAAAGGAAGAUGGAUGAAGCAAUGGUGGCAAGGUAUUGGUGUCACAUGUGCUCUCAGAUGGUCAAUCCCAUCAUGGAAAUUGAGAUCAAAUGUCCUUUCUGUCAAAGCGGAUUUGUGGAAGAAAUGGGCGCUACCGCUGCCACAAGGGACGGUCAGGAUCCUGAUCCCGAUUUUGGAUCGGAUCGUGCUCUCUCCCUUUGGGCCCCAAUUCUGCUUGGCAUGAUGGGUAAUCCCCGUCGUAGAUUUCGGAGAUUUAGGCGGAUGGGUAUUGAUGAUGAUUUUGAUGAUAAUGAUGAUGAAGUCAAUGAUAAUGGGGAAGCACGCCAUGAGGGAGAAUCUGAAUUAGACCAUGAACUUGAGUCAAUCGUUAGGAGGAGGAGGAGGAGCUCUGGUGCAAUUCUCCAGUGGGUGCAAGGAAUUCGAUCUGGAAUGAUAGCUGAGGCCAACAACAAUUCUGAAGGAGAAAAUAGGUUUAGGGAUAGGAAUAGAGAAAGAGAGAGAGAGCGAGAGCGAGAGCGAGUAAUUUUGAUCAAUCCUUUCAAUCAAACCAUCAUUGUUCAAGGUUCUUAUGAUUCAAGUGGAGGUCAAAACCAGAACCAGGGUCCAAUUGGGUCAUUAGGAGAUUACUUUAUGGGUCCUGGACUGGAUUUGUUGUUGCAGCAUUUGGCUGAGAAUGAUCCAAACAGAUAUGGGACUCCACCAGCACAAAAGGAGGCAAUUGAAGCAAUGCCCACUGUGACAAUCAAGGAGAAUUUGCAGUGUUCAGUAUGUUUGGAUGAUUUUGAGAUUAGCACCGAGGCAAAGGAAAUGCCAUGUAAGCACAAGUUCCACAAUGCUUGCAUAUUGCCAUGGCUUGAACUACAUAGUUCCUGUCCAGUUUGCAGGUUUCAGUUACCUUCUGAUGCAUCAAAGCUUGAUCCGGAUAGGUCUAGGAGUAGCAGUAAUCAAAGGGAGAAUGACAAUAGUAAUGAUCGUAAUGGCCAUAGUAGUAAUGGUGGUGAAGCGGGAGAUGUAGAGGGAAGGAGUGGAGGCGGUAGAAGGUUUUCAAUCCCUUGGCCAUUUAAUGGGUUGUUCUCGUCUUCAGGUGGAAAUUCAUCUUCAACGUCUUCUGCCUCAUCAAAUGCGGCCGGAAGUUCUUCUCAAACAGAUGAGAAUUGAGUAUGAAUAUGUUCAUAAGCUGUUUCUAUGUUAGCUUGUUGUUCACAACGUUGUUACUUUGAUGUGGUUAUUCCUUUCCCCCCUUGUUUACUAUGUACAUAGUUUCUUACUUACUGGAAAAUUGGAUUUUCAUUUGUUUCUUCAGAUCUUUUGCCCUUUUAAAAGUUCUGUUGAUGCUGUUCUACCAGCUCCUAGUUUGUAUAAUUAUAAAAUUUAAGCUGCUUUUGAAAGAUUCAA